AUGAAGAUUCAUUGUUUUUUUUUGUUUAUUGGCUCUACUUAUAAUUUGAAAAUCUUUAUUAACUUUUUAUUAUUUUGUAGAUACAAAAUGCUUUCAAAGUUAAGACCUAAAAUGAAAAAAAAAUAAACAGUAAAAUAUCUUAUUAACUUUUUUGAUAAUACUUUUGGUUUACGAAAUAUCUAUUUUUAAUAAAUUGCACAAGAAUUUAAAAUGUAGGAAAGUAAUUAGCAAAAAUAAAUGCAAAGUGAAAACGAAAAGCAGCAGUAAAUCGAAAGAUAAAAGGAGUUAUUUGGCACAGUAGUAAACAGAAUGCAUUCUCACUGCCUUAAAUAUGAUGCUAUCUCUAUUUUUUUCCCAGAAUACCAAAACCCUGAAGAAGUAUCAUGCAAUUGGGUCGGAGAUAUGGACUUUAAUGUUUGUCCUUAUAUCACAGAAGGAAUACAAAAGCGAAUCAAAACAAACAAUAUUUAUGGAUAUCCUGGUCUAUUAAUUAAAUAUGAACCAUUUUUAAAUAGCUUAAUUAGUUGGUGUAGAAGAAGACACUCUUAUGAAAUUUAACCCUAAUAAAUUAACAUUACAUAGAAUACACUAUAAACAAUUAGCACACUUUAUCGCUUAAAGAGCAAAAAAAAUCAAGGUAUUAUCAUAUAGACUCCUAUUUAUUACAAAAUUAUUGACCAAGCUACUAUGAUUGGCAGAAAAAUUGUUCCAAAUCCAUUAAUCUUUUAAGAUGGUCUUUAUUAUAUAAACUUUGAACUACUAGAAGAAUAACUAGCAGAUCCAAACAAUAAAAUUAUGGUUUUCUGUAAUCCACUCAAUCCAAGUGGAAGAGUUUGGACUUACGAUGAAGUCAAAAGAGUAGCUGAAUUAUGUCUAAAAUAUGAUGUAUUUUUGAUUUCUGACGAAAUAUUUGCUGAUCUUACUCUUCCUGGCUAUAAACACACUAUAGCAGGAAGCAUUAGCAAUGAAAUUAACAAUAAUACUGCAACAAUCUUUACUCCAAGCAAAGCUUUUAAUUUGAGUGGUUUAAGCAUUAGUACUGUUGUUAUUCCUAACUAAGAAAUUCACAGAUAAUUCACUUAAAAAAAUAAUUCUUAGGGCUUUUACUAUGCCAACAUAUUUGGCUAAAUUGCUUAUGAAAACGCUUAUUCUUUCCAAGGGGAAUAAUGGUUAACUGAUCUUAUGGACUAUAUUGUUAGUAAUUAUGAAUUUAUGUAAUAGUAUUUAACAGAAUAAUAUCCUGAUAUUGAAAUACUUUAAAUGCAAGCUGGAUAUUUAACAAUGUUAGAUUUCUCCAAAACUAACUUACCCUAUCAAAAAAUUAAGUAGAUUCUAAUAAAUAGUAAUGUUUUGCUUGAAGAUUUGUCUGAUUUCUUUUAUCCUAAGCAAACUUCUUAGCUUUUUAGAAUCAAUAUAGCAUGUCCUUAAGUUAAGCUAAAGGAAUGUCUUGAAAAAAUAGUCCAUGGUUUCAAGUCUUAAAGUAAAAACUGA